AUGUACAAGUUUGUCCUUCUGUUUUGUCUGAUUACCCUCUCGGUGUUCGCUCAGGAUUGCAAGGAAUGUGAGGAGGCUGUGAAGAAUGUCGCUGGGGUCUCCAAGUGUAUCAGGAAACCACAUUGUUGUCCAGGUAAGGAAACCUAUAACGGGAUUGAUUGGGUUUUCUUUUUUUGGACAUAAACUUUGUUCUAAAUUUCCCAAGGAAACAAAGAACACAUUAUAAUCAAAUUUGACAAAAGUAACAUUUAUAAGACUUCCAGACAUGGCAAUCUGGCCAGGCCGGGCCGGGCUUCAAAAAUCCUGAAAACGGGCCGAGCCGGGCCUACAUUUUAUCGGGCCGGGCUUUGGGCCCCGUGGGGCAAAAAGUCCGGCCCGAUUGCCAUGUCUGAAGACUUCUUAACGAUAUGCUAGAUCCUUAACUACCGCAAUGUAGAAACAUUAAGGUUUAUGACAGUGGGUCCCAGUUAUUGCUACGUGUCAACUACAGAACUGGAAUAUUUUUCUGCCAAUAAAAACCACCCCUUUUCAGCCGGAGUUGAUACCGUAACCUGCUUUGUUGACCCUUGCCAGACCAGCAAGGGUGCCUACAAAUGUGUCUCCAACUACUGCUCUGACCGUCCUUGCAGCAAGUUCGAAUACGACAACAAUCUUGACUUGAUCAAGUUCUAA